AUGCAAGGCAGAAAGAUAAGGCACCUAUCUACAGUACAAAGACCUUUCGCCCUUAAUAUUACUAAAGCUUAUCGCCCGACAUCAUCAUCCGCAUUAAACGCAGUAGCAGGAUUGCUUCCUCUACACAUACGUAUCGAAGAAGAAGCCGCACGGCAGCUCGUCAAACAACUGAAACGUCCAGUAACCUUUGACGACGAGCUUUUUCUACCAGAGGAUUUCGAACCACAGGCCACACACCUGCACAUUCAUCCUAGCACGAAGGGCAGAGGCGUCCGAAUCAAGGGUAUCACUACGGUAUUGGAACAACCGUCAGAUAUCACAGUGUAUACUGACGGCUCUAAAAUUGACAACAAAGUGGGCAGAGCCUUCAUUGCCUUGUGUCCACCAAUAAUAAUACACAAAUGGCAAGGAGUCCUUAGGGACUUUAAUAGUAUUUUCCAAAGUGAAGCUAUAGCCAUGGAACAGACCAUACAAUACCUACAACAAAAACAAAUUAGGGAAGCAACCAUUCAGACAGACAGUCUAUCCGUUUUACACGCCAUUAAUAAUGCGGAACAUUCAUCACCCACCAUAGCAUCCAUACAACAAAGAUUGCGAGAGAACAAUGAACAGUCCUACAUGCUGGAAUGGACUAAGGCACAUGUAGGAGAUUACGGAAAUGAGAUGGCAGACAGUCUAGCUAAGGACGCGGCUCUAGGUGGAACUUCAGGUCCAGUCAACAUCCCCUGGCCCAUUUCCCACCUCAAAAAAUCCUUGAGACUCCACGCUACGUCUAAAUGGCAGGAAGAAUGGGACCAAGGAGAGACAGGACGCAGAACUUACUAUCACCUAUCAUAUGUUGAUCCGGGAAGGACUAUAAGUAAUCCACAGCUCAUACGCUACAUUACGGGGCAUGGUCCCUUCCCGGAGUACUUUGCAAAACGCGGCAUCAGUGAGACGGAUAUAUGCAGCUGCGGAGAAGUGGGAACUCCGGAACACUAUGUCACAACAUGUCCACUAACAACUGGACUACAUAUACCCAUCCCGCAGACCAAUCGCCAAGCGUUCUGUAAAUUUCUUAUAAAGCAACGUCAUUUCAUAUACAAACUAACAAAAGUAAUGGAUAAACUCUCUGCGCUUGGCACAGAUCUGUGUCAAACAGCCUAA